CCGUUGGGCUGUGUUCACCACCAGUAGGUUUGCGCUCACCUGCGUCCAUAAACAGAUCUGUAGAUGGUUUUGUACAUGUUUUAACGUGUCAAAUGUGUUAAAAAUCCACGCGCGGGUUAAACUAUAUGCUUAAUAUAUUGUGAAUAUCCGUACAGUCGCGCAAAAUAAGAACCUUAAAGCGUCCUCACCGUCAUGAGAGUGUGAAUGACUCCAGACAGACACAUGAACCGUGGGAAAUAGGCUCAUAGUUGCACAAAACGAGGCCGAUGAACUUCCUUAUUUUAACCAGAACAUAGUCGGUAGCGGCUUCCAACACGUCGACAUGCCGUCGCUUAUAGAGUCUCUUGAAUGUGGACUGGACUUCAUUGAAUUUCUGGGAGACAGAGUAUCCACCACCAGCAAAAAGGAACUUCGAGACAUUUACAACAAUGAAUUUAAGGGCAGAAAAGGGAUUAAAGACCCAAACUUUUCCAAUAUUAUUUUCGCGCUUCUCAGAUUCAACAAGGUCCACAUAAAGCAGGGGAACAUCUACAUUCAUGUCAGACCUCAGGUCAGAGUUUACUGUGACCAGUGGAGGAGGCCACGGUUCCCACAAUCACAAACGCCAGGGUCUGACUCUCAGAAGACCCCUUACACUCCUCCUCCUCCUCCACCAUCUUCCUCAUCUUCAUCCUCCUCGGCUGCUGCUGGUUCAACUCCGGUGACCCCUGUGUUGACCCCCAAGAAGAAGCUGGUCACUGAAAUACUGCACAAGUUAAAGGCAAAUAGGAAAGAGUUGACAGCUGACAAGGGGGACGUUAAGAUCACCUCAGAGCCUGGAACGAGCGGCGGUAAGGUCCGAUUCACCGUGGACCGUCUGAGGGAGUUGUUCAUCGUCAAGUUUCACAUCGUAAACAAAGGCACAAACUGCGUCCACUUCACCUACUACACUGCCCUGCACAGGAUACGCUGUUUCACUUUGGAGGAUGAGAGACGAGUGACCAGAGCCUGUCCACUCUUCCUCUGUCCUGGAGAAAGCUAUGAAGUUGUGGUUCGGUACUUGAUGAAUCACUACGGGUAUUUCCCUGCCACGAUGUACUUUGAGUUCUGUCCAGAUCUGCCUGGAUCGGUGCCUUUCUGCAUUGUGAGAGAGAUUGAAGCUGUAGCCAGAACCCCACUGGCUGUGGAACUGGGCCCAGUGGCUCCUUACAGACCAUUUCAAGUGGUCACAUACAAGCCUGUUGACACAGUGGUAGUGGACGGGGUCCCACCAGAGAGUUCUAUUGUCCAGCGCCUAACAAUGACAGUGAAAUUAGGAGACUACAAGUACCCUCAUUACCUUAAGGAGCUAGCGAGACGAAGGAUGGAGGACUCUGAGUACCUGUCUCCCAUUGCCAGACAGAAACUUCCAUCAGUCAAGAGUCUCCUCAGCUGCCAGUUGAAAAUGAAGAACUACGCUGCUCGAUUUCACCUUCUGCUCCACCUCGAGGAGAUCCAGAUGGAGGUUGACAUUAGGAAGUAUGACCUCCGUGAUCAAACUAUGAAUCCAGACCAAAGCAACAAGAAGCUACUUACACUCAAAGUUCCUGGUGUUGCUGAGAAUCGUCCAUCCGUACUUCGAGGAGACUGUCUGCGAGUGUCCAAAUCUGAAGACACAGUCCAGCCGAUCACUGUGUACACCGGAUAUGUUCACAGAGUAGAGCUGGACAGAGUGAAACUGGGCUUCUCAAAGAGGUUGUUGCAGAUGUUUAUCAGCAAUAUGAAGUUUGACGUGGAGUUUACCAUCAACCGCUUCCCCAUCAAACUGCAGCAUCGAGCGGUCGACUUGGCAGCCCAGUAUCAGCUCGGAGAGGUGCUGUUCCCAUCGGCUGCUGCAUCACCCGUCGUCCCUGUGCCUAAACUCAGGAUGUUUAACCGUCAGCUGGAAAACAACCCAGAGCAACAUACCGCCGUCCAGCGCAUCGUAGCGGGGUCAUCGAAGCCUGCUCCUCAUCUUGUGUUUGGUCCUCCUGGAACUGGAAAGACUAUUACUCUGGUGGAGGCCAUGAAUCAGGUCAGCAGAGCACACCCCUCGGCCCACAUCCUCACCUGUGCGCCUUCAAACAGCGCAUGCGACCUGCUCUGUGAGAGACUGAUGGUACACAUGGAUCCAUAUCAGGUUUACCGCUUGUACGCCAGCAGCAGGGACCCCCACUCUGUUCCCAAGCACCUACUGAAAUAUUCUAACUGGGAUGAGAGACAAGAUGGCUUUGUGUUCCCUGAGAAAGAGAUUCUAAUGAAAUACACAGUCGUGGUCACGACGAUGGUCACAGCUGGCAGACUUGUAUCGGGGGGAGUCCCUGUCGGCCAUUUCAGCCACGUGUUUGUGGAUGAAGGAGGACAGGCAGUGGAGCCAGAGUGCAUCAUUGCUAUCGCAGGUCUACUCCACCCAGAGAAGGGUCAGUUGGUGCUGGCAGGAGAUCCCAAGCAGCUGGGACCAAUCCUUCGAUCACCGCUGGCUUUACAGCAUGGACUUGGCCUUUCUCUGCUGGAGAGACUCAUGACUCAAAAUGCUUUAUAUCAGAAAAGUCCAGACUCCGGACACUUUGACACUCGCUUUGUCACCAAACUGCUGCGAAACUACAGAUCUCAUGCUGCCAUCCUGAAAAUCCCCAAUGAGCUAUUUUAUGACAAUGAACUGCAGGUGUUCGCAGACCCGUUUGAGCGUGAGACGUACUGCAAGUGGGAAUACCUUCCCAAAAAGGGCUUCCCGGUGAUUUUCCACGGGGUCAUGGGGAAGGACGAGAGAGAGGCCAACAGUCCGUCUUUCUUCAAUGUGUCCGAAAUCGAAAUUCUAAUGGAUUACCUCAGCAAACUGAUUGAGACGCAGGGAAAGAAGGGUCUCCCGAAGCUUUCUGCAAAAGACAUCGGCAUCAUUGCUCCUUACCGGAAACAGGUCGAGAAAAUCCAGAAGGCCCUGAAGUCCGUAGCAACAUUCAGUCGAUGGAGUGAUAUCAAAGAGCUCAAGGUCGGGUCAGUGGAAGAGUUUCAGGGACAAGAGAGGAAGAUCAUCAUGGUUUCUACCGUCCGCAGUAGCAUCAACUACAUCAAAAUGGACAAGGACUUCAACAUCGGCUUCCUGUCUAAUGAAAAGAGAUUUAACGUAGCCAUGACCAGAGCCAGGUCUCUGCUGAUCGUUGUGGGAAACCCCGUGAUCUUAAAGAAAGAUCCCACCUGGGAGAAGUUCAUUAACUACUGUGUGAAGGAGAAGGGCUACACUGGAUUUGACUUCAAAGAUGUAGAAGGAGAAGAUGAUAUUGUGACAAGACUGGCAACCCUGAAGAUCAAUGUACACUCUGACAGUGCUGUUGGAGAGGAGAGCGCCCUUCAGCAGCAUGUCGACCCAGAAUGGAAAAAUGAGCAGUAGUCUGUCCUCCAGUCAACACAGCACAACUAUUUACUGUGACAUCUUCAGAAUAUUAUCACAUUUAAGUACACAAAUAUCUAUAGAAAGUAUAUUUUACCAUUUGUGCAUUAAUGGUAAAAAACAGGCAUCUAAGGUUUUAAAAAAAAUCCUCUUUAUUAACCUUUUUAAGAGCAUUUAGCAUAUUUUAGGCAAAAUAACCACUUGUGAUUUUGACAGCACAACUCAAAUGAACCAGUUUUAUUUACCUUUUUACUUUGUUUCUUCAAUGUCUUUCUUAAGAAUGCACAGCAACUGAUUUACAGUUAGAAACUAAAGCACAGUAUUCUCUUUAUUCUCAGGAACUCAUCACUCUUUGUCUUGCUGCUCUUUUUAAGUUUCUCUUUUUAACUCAUUUAUUCUUUUUUCUGAGAACAUUUGAAGUUGGUGAAAUAAAUCCUCAGAUUUUGCAACA